CAACUGUUGCAUAACUAAUACAUAUAGGAUCGACUUCCACUGUGCCUGUAUUCGCUCUUGAAAAGGAUUCCUCCAGCCACAAGCAUUUCCCCCUUAGGCGUGCAGACAACUCCGCCCUGUGUCACUGCGAUCCUUUCAAUAACUGUUAGCUCACAUCAAAUCAUUUUCUCAACAUGAGAUUCAGUCAGUUAUCUUACGCCGCCGCUCUCGCCGGCAGCCAGCUCGUCGCUGCCGCUGAUGAGGUUCACGGUCAGGGCCUUGAAGGCACCGUCAUGGGCCCCGUCGCUUUCCUAUGGCCUGCCGACAGACCUUGGAGCGCUUCGGCCGAUAACUCGGGGCCUUGUGGAAGCGCCAGCGGCGUGACCAACCGAACCAUCUUCCCACUCUCCCAGGGAACUGUUUCUCUGUCGAUUGCAGAUGAAGCUUGGAAUGUCAACUUCUCUAUGGCAUACGACAACACACCGACCAUCCAGAGCCAGUUCAGCCAACAGGUUGUUAGUGAGGUCACAGAGAUUGAGCCUGGCCACCAAUGCUACAAGGUUGCCAACAUCCCCAGCAGCGUGACUGCGGGAAGCAACGCUACCAUCCAGCUCGCAUAUUGGUCCAACGUCGACAACGAGCUCGGUGGUGCCAACCAAACCUUCUAUGCCUGUGCCGAUAUUACUUUCGUCGAGACAAAGGACUUCAAUAUCGCAGCCCCUUGUUUCAACGUUACGGCGUCGGACUUCAACUCCGGCUCCUCGUCCUCAACUUCCAGCCCGGUACCGAAUGCCACGGGUGCCUCUGAGACUACUAGCAACCAGAGCUCAUCGAGCGAUGGCCUAUCCACCGGAGCAAAGGCCGGUGUUGCUGUCGGUGUCAUUGUAGCUUCUCUUGGUAUUGUUGGCGCCAUCGCCUUCAUCUUGCUCAGGAAGCGCAGGUCUGCCCCCCACGACAGUGAAGCCUCGGUCCCCGCCAAGAACCAGCCCGAGGUUGCCUCUGUCAACAGCCACCGAAACUAAGUUACUAAAUUGUUGUAAUUUCAAUGAGGUAGUCAAGGUCUCGGUAGUCUAGAAGGUGGUGGGAUUGUUGUGUGUGGGACUCUGAGGAGGACGAUGAUUAAGGAUAAAUGUGAACACGCCCUAUGUACUCCCUGAAUUAGCUAAUAUACCCUACUGCAUACA